AUGGCCAACUAUCUCGCCUCCAUAUUCGGUACAGAACAAGACAAAGUCAACUGCUCUUUCUACUACAAGAUUGGCGCCUGCCGCCAUGGCGACCGCUGUUCACGAAAACAUGUCAAACCAUCAUAUUCGCAGACCAUUCUCCUACCUAACCUCUACCAGAAUCCAGCUUACGCACCAGGCAAUAAGAUGACUCCAUCGCAGCUACAAAAUCAUUUUGACGCUUUCUACGAGGAUUUCUGGUGCGAAAUGUGUAAAUACGGCGAGAUUGAAGAAGUGGUAGUGUGUGACAACAACAACGACCACUUGAUCGGAAACGUAUAUGCACGGUUCAAGUACGAGGAGGACGCGCAGACUGCCUGCGACGCGCUAAACAGCCGGUGGUAUGCAGCUAGGCCGAUAUAUUGCGAAUUGAGUCCAGUCACCGAUUUUCGAGAAGCAUGCUUGGUGAAGGUUGUGUAA